AUGGCUAACACUGAGCUAAUGAGAAUAUGUGCAGUGGGUGGAAAUGCUGUUUCUGCUUUCUUAUCCUGGAGGCUUCAGGCUACCAAUGCGUGCGACGUAACGCUCGUUUGGAAGUCGGGUUUCGAGAACGUCAGCCAAUAUGGCAUCUCUUUUAAAUCCGGGUCGUUCGGUAACGAGCGGUUUAAACCCCGACGUGUUGUCCGAACACCAGAAGAAGCCGCACACAACAAGGAGGGCGCAUUCGAUUAUGUUAUCCUCUGCAUCAAGGCUCUCCCGGAUGUUUACGACCUCGCCUCGGUAAUCGACGCCGUUGUCACUCCGCAACAUACCUGUAUUCUUGUCAAUACCACGCACACUCUCGGAAUCGAAGCUGCCCUUGAAGAGAGGUUCCCAACAAAUGUUGUCCUGUCGCUCGUUUCGAAUGCCGAAUUGACCCAGUUGGGAUCGAGCGAAUUUGAGCAUAGUGGUUCAACUGAGAUCUGGGUUGGUCCAGCAAAUAAGAAUGGCAGCAUUCCCGCAGCCAUACAAGAUGAUAUGGCUCAAGCACUCGCUUUGACUUUAAGUUCAGGCCGCGUCGACUGCAAGGUUUCUAGUAAUAUAAGACAACAGCAAUUCGAACGAGUUAUCGGCCCUAUUGCUUUUCAUCCGGCCAGCGUCAUUUUCGAAACACCUUCCCAUACCGCUCUUUUGGAAAAAACUGGCGUGAGACAACUAAUUUCUGAUGUAAUUGACGAGCUUAUCGCUCUUGCUACUGCGCAAGGGUGUACGUUAGAUGCUAAAUUCAAGGAGAACACUAUUAAGGAACAGUGUGAGCUUUCGGACAACCCAAGCAUCAUGUGGCAGGAUUACGUGGCUAGGCGGCCAAUGGAGGUCGAGACAUUCCUCGGCUCACCAAUCAAGUUGGCUCAGAGCUCAGGAGUGAAGUUACCGCGAAUCGAGACGCUCUACGCCAUUUUCCACAACCUGAACAUCGUCAACCAGUCCAGACCUAAGGAGAUCAAUGGACUACCAGCUGCUUCUGGUUCGCCAACAAGUGCAUCACCAAUGCCGCGUAUGUCUUCGAGUCAGCCUCCCCGUCCCGUUAUUAAUGGCCCUCCGAACGGGAAUGGUAUGCCGGCGCCUAGGUCCAGGCCUAGGAAUUCGUCCAACCUUAGUGGUCCACCCCCGGGUAUGCGUCGACCUCCUCCGCCCAUGAACGGUGGCCCGCCGAAUGGACACAGACCCCCGAUGAACGGUGCGCCCAACGGCCAUCCCCAGUCGCGACAACCGUCAAGACGUGGAUCUUUUGACGACACUGAUCUUGGGGAGUUCAGCCACUUGGUCGUCUACGAAGAUUCGGCUGAUGCUGGCGACGGUGGAUACAAUGCUGACACUUCAGAUAUUGCCCUUCGCGAACGAGAGCUCCAAUUGCGACAGCGCGAGCUUGCACUGAAGGAACAGGAAAUGCGCAUGCGCCGUCCUGGUCCGCCACCCGCUGGCGGCAGAAGGCGUGCUGCUCCUCCAGUCCGGAGCGGAGGCGGCAUGUACGACGAUGAAGAUGAGGAGGAUGACUAUUUCGAUCCUAACUCAGGCCCGCCGGCCCCCAUGAUUGACCCAGACAAUUUCGAUAUGAUGAGUGUCACAUCUAGGAAAAAUCGCAGCAGGCCUACCCCAAACCAAAGCGAGAUGCGAAUGAAUCCCGAGGGUCCUGGAGGAGGAAUACCACCGCCUCGUGGGAGCAGGUGGAGACCGACAUUUGGCAGGAAUCGUUCUAGUCAAAUCAUCAAUGCUACGCCUGGUCUCCACGAUAAUAUUCUUGACGACCCGCUGAUGAGCUUCACAUCGAACCGGUAUGGUAAUGUCGAUCGGGGACAAAUGCAAGCUGGAUCUAGAGCCAACUCACUGACGGCGUCACAUUUGCAUGAUUUUCAAAAUGGGUCUAACGGGAUGAGUGGGCCGUUCCCUAGGCGUGCCAGCCAGUCUCCGGGGAACCCGUAUAGUCCUUCGGGCCGAGGUGGUAAUGGUCGACCUUCGCCUCCCAACGGAUUUGGACCACCUGGUCCGAAUGGACGCCCGUCGCCUCCGGACGGGGUACGCCAGCCAGUUCCUAGGUACCCUCCUGGUCAAGGGAAUAUGGUCGCGCCGCAGCAAGUUGAACAACAUGUCGGGGUGAGCUCUCUCCAACCACCAAAUACGAAGACAACAAGAAGUCUGACCGGUAGUGCGAGUGCUAGCGCGGAGAGUGGUGAAUCAACGAACCUAGGUUCUGAACCCUCAGCUCACAGCAGUCAAAGCAGUCUUGGGCCCCGACCGCCCAUUGGAGUCCGCUAAUAACUCCAAGUGCGACGAUUCGAGGUCGAGCUUAGGCUGACGGUGGAUGUGUCUUUGUGCUUCACUAUUGUCGAUGCACUGUUCUUAUUCGGGUUAAUUUUCACAGUUUUGCCCGACAGUUCUGUAGGUAGGUAAGCUGCCGUUCUCACGGUAGCAUUAGGGGUUGUUGAGUUUGUCUCAGACCAUGGCGCAUUCGAUAGGGUUAGAUGGAAUUGGCUUGGAUUACAACAUAACGACGCACACAUAAUUCUAUUCGUCUCGGCAAGGGGGGAAAAUCACGUACAUAAGCAUUUUGGAGGUUGAAGCAGUGGCUAUAUUCAUCUUCGGUAAU